AUGGCCCCGGGAGUAAUUGACAACGGCGAUCAACCCCAAUCAAACGUUGGCGCUCUGUCCAAACCCACCGUCUAUAUCCUUGAUGCCUGGAAUGAAGAAGCCCUCGCCCACGCAAAGACCCUCUUCAAUGUGUUUCAUUACGGGGACAAGGGGUUCUCCGAGUGGCGUCAAAACGCCUCGGCACUUUUGAUUCGAGGGUCAUACCUAACCGCAGAUGACAUUGCAAGUUGCCCUAACUUGAUUGCCAUCGGCAAGCACGGUGUCGGCAUCGACAAGAUCGAUCAAGUUGCUUGUGCUAAGCGGGGAAUCAAGAUCUGCAACACACCUGGCGCGAACGCACGAGACGUCGCCGAGCUAGUACUGGCCCUUACCAUGACGGUUGCCCGAGAUAUUCGAUCCAUCACGACUCGUCAGAUGACCAAGCCAGUUCCCAAGGAGACUUGCAAUGGCUUGACUCUUCACAAGAAGACUCUCGGUAUCAUCGGCAUGGGCAACAUCGGUCGCACAGUUGCGGAGAUCUUCCGCGGCGCUUUCGAUGCCAAGGUCAUCGCCUUCGAUGUCUUCAUGCCGGAAAAUGCAUGGCCUCACAUUCAACACCAGAGAGUUCAAGAUGUCCAGGAAGUCAUCAAGAAUGCCGACGUACUCUCAAUUCAUGUCCCUUUGACAAAUGAAACACGCGAUCUGAUUUCCUACAAGGAGAUUCAAUCGAUGAAGCCGAAUGCAAUUUUGAUCAACGCGGCAAGAGGUGGCAUCGUCAAUGAGGCCGAUCUGACAAAGGCCCUUGCUGAAGGUCAUCUUUGGGGAGCUGGAUUAGACUGUCACGAGCAGGAACCGCCAAGUAUGGAGAAAUAUGGGCCGCUGUGGGAGAAUCUGAAUGUCGUCAGCACGCCCCAUAUUGGAGCCGCAACACGACAGGCACAAACCGCCAGUGCCAUGGCUGCGGUCAACAACUUGUAUGAAUAUCUCAUGUCUCUUCGCAAGUGCAAAUAG